GAACACAUUGAGAAAAAGAUUCAAGAAGUGAAAGGUCGUGUUAACCCUGACGCCGAACCUCUUGCUCUAAUUAUCGACGGUCAUACCCUUGGAUUUGCUCUCGAGAAGGAUCUCGAGAAGUCUUUUCUCGAAUUGGCAACCAUGUGCAAGGCUGUAGUCUGUUGUCGAGUUUCGCCACUCCAGAAGGCGCUCGUGGUGAAACUCGUGAAGCGACACCUCAAAGCCAUCCUUCUUGCCAUUGGCGAUGGAGCCAAUGACGUGUCCAUGAUCCAAGCAGCACACGUUGGCGUCGGUAUUAGUGGUUUGGAGGGGAUGCAGGCGGCGCGUAGCGCGGAUGUCGCCAUCAGCCAAUUUCG